GGAGGAGGCCGCGACAUGUCCCCGCGCGGGCGCUGCCGGUGGGCGCUGCUGCUGGCCUGGCUGCCGGCCGGUUGCCUCUCCCUCCUGGUGACAGUGCAGGAUGCUGAGCGUUAUACCACCUUAUUUGCCACUGUCAUCCUCAAGUGUGACUAUAGCACCUCAGCUCAGCUGCAAGAUGUGGUGGUGACCUGGCGCUUCAAAUCCUUCUGCAAAGACCCCAUCUUUGACUACUACUCAGCCUCAUACCAGGCUGGUUUAAAUCUUCACCAGGACCCAUCUACUGACUGCAAUGACAGCCAGCGAGAGGUGCGCAUUGUCAUCCAGAAAUAUGGGCAGAAGGAACCUGUGCUGGGUGUUGACUAUCAGCAACGAAAAAUCACCAUUCAGAACCGGGCAGACCUUGUCAUCAGUGAGGUCAUGUGGUGGGACCAUGGCGUGUACUACUGCACUGUGGAAGCUCCAGGAGAUACCUCGGGUGAUAUGGACAAAGAAGUUAAGCUGAUUGUUCUCCACUGGCUCACAGUAAUCCUCAUCGUUCUCGGUGGCCUUCUCCUCCUUCUGCUGAUUGGAGUAUGCUGGUGCCAGUGCUGCCCCCAAUAUUGCUGCUGCCACAUCCCGUGUGUCUGCUGCCCUACCCGGUGCUGCUGUAAUGAGGAAGCACUGGAACGGUACAGGAUCAUGAAGCAGGCUCAGGCACUUGCACCUUGGAUAUCACCCAACAUGUUCUACAGAGGUGGCGACAGGAACUCGCAACUUUCUUCUUACCAGCUGAACCCUCUACUGCAACGAGAUGUGUCUCUGCAGAACAGUCUUCCACUGGUGCAGCCGCAAGCUCAGCUUUCCGCUAACAAGGGUGUUUUGGACUAUCUGGAGUCUGAAAUCCAAAACCUUAACGUGUCACAGCUCCAGCCACCCUCCCACCAGUGGCAGGCUGUGCAGCCCAGCCUGCUGUCCUCCCUGGGCUCUGAGAUCAUGCCACCUCUCACAGAUCAUAUCUCCACCCAUGGGAGCAGCAACUCUUCACGGCCACAGAGAGCUGCCCGUACCCUCAGAACCUGGGACUAUGCAGAAGAGGACAAGAGGGAAAACCGGAGGUGGCCCUUGCCUUCCAGUGGGGGUUCUCAUUCCAGCUACAGCCGGGAGCCCUGGGACAGGCAGCAAGAGGACCAUCCACAGAGGCAGAGAGAUGGCUACAAUGGCAGGCCCCCACACUCCAGACGGGAUGCGUCACCCCCACGCCAGGCUGACAGGGGCAGGGGCAGCAGCAGCAGCUGCAGUUUCUAUCCGGAGGAGGCCAAGGAGCGCUCCGGCCAUCACCGUGGUGGGAGGCAGGAGCCCACAGGGAGGCGAGACUACCAGCACCACACCAGCAGAAGCAAUGGCUCAGGUCAGCGGCGGCACAGCUACUCUCCUCCCUCUCGCCAAGGGUCAUGGAGCUCCUCAGAAGAGCAAGUUCAUGUCCCGGUGACAAACCGCAAGCAGCGGUCCCGGUCUCGGGAAUGGCCAGAAGAUAAACCCCCCAGUUACCGCUCCUUAGAAAUCAUCCCAGGUCAGGACAAGAAGCACAAAGGCAGUGCAGGGCCACGCUCGGACAGAGGAAGUUCCCACAGUGGAAGAAGCAUAGUCAUUUAAUGCCAGUAAUGAAAGAACUAAGAUUCUCACCGGACUCCUUAGAUCCUUCUACUCUGUAGGUUGGGGUGCUGCUCUUGAUUGAACAGACAACCAGCAAAAAACCCAAAAAAAACAGAUAAAGCAGCUUUCCCUCAGACUUACGGCUCCAAAGGAUCUUCGUCUAGUGCCCAGGAAAGCAAAACAUAACCCAUUUUUGUUCUCCCUGUGAUUUGGAAACUUAGGUUUGCAAUGGGCCAUGGUCUGUUGGAAACAGCAGGUAUUUUUCAGUAAAUGGUAUAUCCCCAGUCUUUAAAGAGAGUCUUUGUUAGGUGCCCUGACACUGCAAGGAGCCCACUCCAUAGAAUGCUGGUCCUUUGCACACUGGUUACUGGAGAAGAGCUACAAUGAUUAGAAUUAAUGAAUAGAAUAAUUUAGGUUAGAAGAGGCCUCCAAAGGUCACCUGAUCCAGUCCCCUGGGAGUUUGGUGUAGAAAGGCACAGCAUCUCCUUUGUGAGGUCCUCUGUUGUGCUUCAGAAUAUGUAAUGUUUGGUGCUUCUGCUGGGCUGCUCAGCAUAGCUGGGGCAGUUGCUUCCUUUUCUCUCCCAAACACAAGGAUCACCGAGUUGGAAGGAUGCUUGACUGCCUUAAUAAGGGCUCACUAGCAUGUCUGCAGCUUAUCUGCCUUACACUGACUGAAACAACCUGUCCUACAUUAAGUUUACACCUUAGGGCCUUAAAAGUCACUUAUUCUGGCCUUUAAACCGGGCUUGAAUUUAGUUGUAAACUUCAAGGGCUAAAUUGACCAAGGUCUGGCCAUCUCUACAGGAGCUGAGCUUGCUCAGUACUGACUACUGUCCCUCACGCUGUGGAGGGAAUUUUCUUCAACUCUAGGAAGCAUGGCUUUGGUGGGUGUAUCUUGCCUAAGCCGUGUACUCUUCCAUGCAUUUUAUAUUCUCCCUUUGCUCUCUGUGCCAUGUAUCAUAUACAUGGGGUGGUAUAAAGGGCUCUGAAAAUGUUUUACGGUCACCUUUUUUAUUAAUAUCCUUGAUCCUUACCCUGACACUUUAACCAGCUCCACAUAUGUUGUGCAUCUGAUGUGUAGCUAGACUGCAGGGAUUUCUCAUCUCUCACCUCUCAAAUAGAAUGGAGAAUUUCUUUAUACUCUUAAGACCAGCUGUGAAGGAGAAGAACUUGUCAUUUAUCCUUGAUGUGAUUCAUCCACUGUUUUCAUUUAAAACGUGCUGGAAAAGGAGAGGCUCUCUGGCUGCUGGCUGCUUCCACAGGAAACUGGUUUGCCAAAGGCACUUCUUAAGAUUCCAGAGACUCAACUGUUGUCAGGGAGCUUUUGGAGCAUCUUGUGCAUUAUUUUGUAACCCAGAGGCACUAGAGAUUGGCCGUUAUCAGUGACUGCAUUUCCUAGCUUAUUUCCCAUCCAGUGCCACAUAGGACACUUGCUACUGUGUGGUCUUUAAUGUCCUAAUUACUGAUGUGCUUAUACUUUCCCCUGGAAGACUGACAGGGAGAGGUUUUCACUUUGCCCACUUCCUUUUUUAAUUUUCUUUGGACAGUGAUGGGAAGCAUCAUGCUUGGAGCAAAUGCUCCUGCCUGAAUGCUCUGAUGCAGUUACUGCUUGAUCAAAGGCCACUACAAAGAAUGCUCAUUUUCCUACAGUUUCUUGGCUGACAGUGCUUAUAUCUAAUUGUGUGUAUGGAGGUAAAACAGGAGGACCCACUAGCUUCUCUGGCUGACUUUGUUUCAGAACCAGAGGCUUACUUUUGAAGACAGAGGGGCUGUUCAUCAACAGUUGAUGGCUAGCACAAAUAAAAAUGAGUGGAAACUCCUAAGUCUGAAUUCAAGAAAGGAAGGCUGUAUUAAGUGUAGUCCUUGUCUCCAUUAAACCCAAACUAUGAAUAAUGUAACUGACCCAUGAGUUACAUCUGAAAUACAUGGAAUUAAGUAUUGCAUUAAGUAUUAAGACUUGCAAAGCCAGUAUCACUCUUGAAUCUGGUUCUCAGCCACUGCCUGUCAAUCACUUUUGUUCUUAUUUAAUGACAUCCUGAGGACUUUAUGCGCCCUGUCUUCUAUGAUGUGCUAGUAUUUUUAUUAGUUAGGAGGAGUUUAUGGUGAUGGAAUGACAGAAAAUAAUAUGGACUCCUCCUCCCAAAACUAGCAUUCUGUUAUGACUUUAGCAUUGCCAUGUGUCAACUUUUAGCAGAUACCCAGGGCCCUGCAAAUUCUACCCUUGGAAGCUAAACUGGUGGUUUGGAAUUUGACUCUCUCCUUGUGCUUCCAAUAGGGCCAUGCAUCAUGCAGAACAGCUUCCUGUAAUCUCAAUCCAUCCCAAAUGUCCAGGUUUCAGGGAAGGGCUGCCCCGCUCUCCAUCAAGAGAAGAGGGUAUUGAGACAUCAAGUGAGAUUCCAAGAUGUGUUCGCUUUCCUUAGCAUUCAGUUGUGUAUAAGCCAACAUAUAUCCACCAAGUUUUCCCAAGAGCAAGAACUCCCUCACACAGCAAGAAGACUCUUGAAAAGAAAACCCAGAUGACUCUGUGUAACAGUAGAAGCUGUUGAAGCUUCCUGUAGAAUGAGCACACUAACUGUAGAGGUUGUGCUUUUAUCCAAAAUGCUGUGAAGGAGCCCUCCAUCUUUAUUUGUUCCUCUAGUCGCCAUCAUUGAGUUAGGGUGACCAGUUGGAGAUCGUGUGAACUUAAUUUGUGCUGGGUGAGGUCUGAAGAGUUUUUUCUUUAUCCUACUGGAGAUCCCCUUCAGUCACCUUGUUCAUGUUUAUAGAAACAUUAAACAAACCUCUUCAGGGAAAAUUGAUUGUAUCUCAGUCUUACCUUCUUAAAUUGUGUUAGAAGUAGAUUAGGUUAUGCAGCAAGGAAGCAGAAAUGGUACCAGGUUUACUGGUUUACAUGGGUUUACACAGACCCACUGCGGUUUGUAAAACACCGGUUAGUAGGCAUGAAAUAGCGACAAAGGAAAUGUAUGUAUUCGUGCUUUACAACUGCAACAGACAGAAAAGUGGGAAAUUAAAAAUUAGUAUGUUUCACAUAUGGGAGUUAUUGCCAUUCUAGACUUUUAAUCUUCCUGUCAUGCACUUAAAGGGAUAUACCUUACCCCCAAGAAUGAAUUUUCUGUCUCAGAUAAAAGUGCCUUGAUGGCCACUGGAGUUGCCCUAAUUUAAAAUGAGUAUGUAAUGAUUAAGUAACCAUGCCACAUGGGCAGAUAAGGAUGGCCGUGCCUCUCCUUGUCAGCUGUUUUCCACCUCAGACCAGAGAAUCAUAAGAGAGAGAAAAAAUCACGUAAUUUUAAUUUGAUUAAGAAAGGACUUGCAAUAUCUGGCUUUCUUGCUUAUUUGCAGAACCCACUAUCAUUCUGGAAUGCCGUUCCAGGAAUGGAGGGCAGGGGCUGCUUCUUGUGUAAUCAUUGAUCUGGUCUUGGCAAGUGCCUGUUUGGCAGUAGAAAGUGCUGAAAAGCCCAGUUGCUAUCUCUGGGACUGUAUUCGUGAUAGCACUAGCUAAGGUUAGGCUAACUUCAGGUUGGGGGAAGUUACCUCGUGUGAUACCAACCACAAUGCAAAGCUCUUCAGUGGUACGUAUUACUACAUAGGGUAGCUAAGCCCCCUUUGUGUUACUACCUCCAGCAGCACAUCAGUUUAAAACACCCACUUAAUAUGCUUAGUGCCUUCCAUUUGUCGACCUGACACAGGAGAGAGAUGACACUUGAGGUUGUAUUAAAUUAACCUCCACAAGUAGUGACUGCUUCUUGCUAUUUCUGCUAAGUUUAAUGCCUAUAAUGUGCCUUGUGCUGGUCUUCUGAAUAUUAUUCCAUCUAUAAAAGCAUAUGGUAAGUGUGUAGAUUCUUUUCAAUGACUGUCAAAUGCAUAAUUAAAAUACAAGAGAACUUUCAACUAGUUGCUCUUGUGUGUUCUUCCUAGACCAUAAAUUGCUUUCUACUGCUUGCACCGUAAGUAGAACUGAAAAUUAUCUGUUCUUAUUUCUGGAAUUAACCUUGUUAUAUGUUGGUAAGAAUUUUCUGUGAUUUUUAGAACAAAAAUGCAGAAUGGUUUGAUUGUAUGGGGGAUUUUGUUGUUGUUCUUGUUUUGGGAUACUUUUUUCUUUGUUUUUCUAAGAAAGAAUGUAGUUUGAAUAAAUACCAAGAGAAUGGAAAAA